AUGGUAGGCACAAUGACCUCCACCGAGGCAUCCCAAGACAUAUCCGAUGCCAUCGCCGCUGGUUUCGACGGCUUCGCACUCAAUACGCACACCAUCAGCGCCACGGACACCUGGAACGCGGACGCAAUCACUUACCUCCUCGACGCCGCCUCGGGCACAAGCUUCAAAAUGUUUCUGUCUUUCGACAUGUCCUGGGGCCUCGACGUUAACAGCCUCGGCUCAUUCCUGACACAAUUCACUAAUCACUCACAAUACUACACUACCUCCGACGGACGUCCAUGGGUCAGUACAUACAGUGGCGGUGCGUCGACUACCAACGACGAAUGGGAUUCGUCAUUCAUUCAACCCCUUGUGUCGCAGGGAGUGACGCCUUAUUUUGUGCCGAAUUUCGAUGAUUGGUCUGGUUACCCUACGGGAUUCUUCGAUGCGUUCCCUGUGGUGGAUGGUGCGUUUAGUUGGGAGAGCGCGUGGCCUGGUCCGGGGACCGCGGCCGCGAAUGUGAGUGAUACUGUGGAUGAGAGUUUGAUUGAGCAGGCACAUGGCGUUGGAAAGGUUUAUAUGAUGCCACUGUCGACAUUCCAAUUCAAAUACACCAGCUCAGACCAACAGUGGUACCGCAUCGGCGAAAUCAAUCUACCAGAACGCAUGGCUCAAAUCCUGGCCCUUCAACCGGACUUUGUGGAAGUCAUAACCUGGAACGACGCUGGCGAAUCACAUUAUGUCGGAAAUUUUUGGCCUGAGCAGAUCGCCGGCACGAACGAGGGGAAUUAUGCGAAUGGGUAUGAUCAUACGGGUUGGCAGCAGGUUAUCAAACCGUUUAUUACAGCCUACAAAAACGGGGCGACGGAGGUAGGGCAGAUGGAGAGCCAGAGUGGGGGGCCGGAGGGGGCGGUUUGGUAUAGGACGCUUUUGACGAGUGCGAGUUGCGCGAGUACGAUUACGAAUUAUCAGCAGGCGAAGGAUGCGGUUAAUUUCGCUGUUAUUUUACCUGCGUCGGACACCCCGUAUACAAUCGAAGUGUAUAGCAAUCAUAACUUGAUUCGCUCGUUUUCGGGUGUGCAAGGACUCAAUUAUGAGUCUGUGCCAGGUUUGCAAGCGGGCGGAGGACAGUAUAUUCGCGUCCUGGAUGGUGGAGGGAAUGUGGUGGCUGUAGCGAAUGGGACGAAGGAUGUGUUGAGUGAGAGCGCGGAUGCGUCGGUAUGUAAUUGGAAUUAUGAGGUUGUAGGGUUGUCAUAA